UAGUUAAAAAAGUGGAUAAAGAAGGUGUACACGCACACGUCUUAUAAGCGAAAUAUCAGUGUAACGGGAGCUGUGGAAAAGAGAAAAAUGUGGUCAUUUUUCUCCCGGGAUCCCACCAAAGAUUUUCCCUACGAGAUUGGAGAGCCAGUCUUCGGUUUCGAGGGAAAGAGCUUGUGGACACUUCACAGAGCAAAGAGGAAGGGAAAUAACAUUGGCGAAGAUGUUUCUGUUUUUGUCUUUGAAGCAAAAAAUGGAGGUGACGCGGAUCUAGAAAUCGCCAGAGCAGCUGUAAAAAGGUUGAAGACUCUGAGACAUCCUAGCAUAUUGACCUACCUGGAUAACCUCGAGACAGAAAAGACUAUAUACCUGGCAACGGAGAGGGUCGAGCCACUGCAGUCGCGCCUGCACGGAAACAAUCUACCCGAGGGACAGCAACGUGACUUGUACCUUUCGUGGGGAAUUUUUCAAAUCACUCGUGCUCUCAGUUUUCUGAAUAACGACGGCAAUCUCAGACACAACAACAUCAAUCUCUGGUCGGUUUUUGUAAAUGUGGAAAGUGGUGAAUGGAAGCUGGGGGGAGUGGAGUACACGACAGGGGUAAUGGUAAACUAUACCCCGUUGCCCACAGCCCUACGUGUCUACCAACCUCCCGAAGCUACAGAAACCUAUAAUCCUCAGUCAAAAUGUUCAAUUGACGCGUGGGGACUUGGCUGCCUUAUAUGGGAGUCAUUCAACGGCCCGCUCAACAGGCCUGCUGAUCUGAAGACCAAAACGAAUCAGAUACCCAAACAACUAUUGGCUGUGUAUCGAGAGCUCUCGAGUCACAGUGCAGAUGCGCGACCCAAUCCAGCCGAUGUGAUAGCAAGGUGUCGAAGCAACGGGGGCUAUUUUAAGAAUGACUUGGUCGAUGCGCUCUUAUUCUUGGAAGAAAUCCAGAUGAAAGAGAAGGGUGAGAAAGGUAGAUUCUUCACACAACUAGCCUCAAAGCUGGAAAGUUUUCCCGAUGGAGUCGGGAGGUAUAAAAUUUUACCCCAACUCCUGGCGGCAUUUGAUUUUGGAGAUGCCGGAAGUGCGGUUCUACCACCGUUGCUGCAACUUGGCCGUAAAUUACCCGAUGCUGAGUAUCAGCGUCGCGUUGUGCCCUGUGUUGUGAAACUAUUCGCAUCAAACGACAGAGCCACGCGUUUGCGACUCUUGCAGCAUCUAGAGCGAUUCGUGAACCAUCUCCAACCUUCCACGGUCAAUGAGGCGAUUUUCCCACAGAUUGCUCGUGGUUUUCUAGACACAAACCCUGCUGUCAGGGAACAUACUAUCAAGUCGAUAGUUCAUCUCGCCCCCAAGCUAGAUUAUAACAACCUUAACGUGGAAACACUUAGACAUUUUGCCAGACUUCAAUCAAAAGACGACCAAGGUGGAAUCCGGACAAACACCACUGUAUGCCUUGGAAAAAUUGCUCAGCAUCUGCACCCUCAAAUCAGACAAAAAGUACUCAUAGGUGCUUUUGUCAGAGGUACCAGGGAUUCGUUUGCUCCUGCACGCAGCGCAAGUAUAUUGGCACUAGCUGCGACUCAACAAUAUUUCCUUUUACAAGAAGUUGCAAACCGAAUACUCCCAGCUCUCUGCCCGCUUGCUACCGACUUGGACAAAGGCGUAAGAGAAAAUGCUUUCCGUACAAUUCGGGGAUUUCUUUCAAAGCUCGAACGAGUAUCCGAGGAUCCUGGACUUCGCGAAUCUAUGGAAGCGGACGUCAACACGGCAACGCCGAGUUUGAGCAAUGCUGCAGCUACGUGGGCAGGGUGGGCAGUUACCGCAGUUACAGCAAAGUUCUAUCGCAGCCAAUCUGACACACCAAAGUCAUCCAACUCGCAGGCAUCAAGAAUUUUGCUUAGUAAACCAGCUUCGCUCGAGCAAGCUAGCAGUUCCCAGAGUAGUGCGAGUACCACGACGACGACCAGUAGCGCGACUAGCAUGACUUCACUGGACCACGAUCAGGAUCAAGAUCCCCAGAGUACUGGAAAUACAAAUUCGGACUGCGAAUGGGAUUGUUGGGAGGCAGACAACUGGGGUGACAUGGAACAGCAGUCUGUAACCACACCAAAUGUCACAGCAUCUAUGGCUAAGUCUCAGUCUUCUUCCGUUGCAUCCAAGGUUCACGACCCUCAGUGGGAGAACCUCGAGGAAGAACCGGAGGAGGAUAGUCAGGCGGAUGACAAGGGUGGAUAUGACGGAAGUGGACAAGAAGGCUGGGAAGACUCUGAAUUUCAGCCGAUUGAAGAAUUCCCGUCGAUUGAACAGUCUGCAAGUAAUGCCAAGCUCGAGGAAGCAAAAAAAAAACGGGAGGAACGAAAGUUGGCACGUCAGCGUCAGAUGGAAGCUAAAAGAGCAGCCAGGAUCCAAGGAAAUAGCGCGCCUAAGAAAAUUUAGUAUCAUUGACUCAAUGCCGAGAAAUUGGAAACAAUCGCAGUGUCAUCAUGACCAUUACCAAGUUAUAAAUAACGUACAUUGCACACUCAUAAGAUUAUUAAUAAUCAUAUUGUUUGAUCUAUUCCUGCUGCGAAUGUCGGUUUUGCUAUUAUUACUAUAAAAAAUGGUAUUAUGUGAUCUGGAAUGGUUAACCAAACAGUUUUGUACUUGUCAAGAGAGAAGUAUUCAUGUAACAAAAACUUUUCGAUACGUUGUGCCUGCGUCUUUUUAUACCUUUUUAUACCUUUACUUCCCACGUCACAAAUAGAUGUCUAAAACCAAAGUUCAUUAGUGUACAUCCCUGUGUGCGUGUGAAGAAAUGGUUGUUAUAGAAACUCUAGAGAAAUAGAUUCGCAAUUUUUAAGACAAACUAUAAUGAGUCUGACUGUGCUAGAAGAGAGGGCUCUGGUCGUGCGAUUCUUUCACCAAUCACAAACACCAUUCGAUUUUUGUCCGACACCAUGAAAUUAGUCAACGUCGUGCCGAACUUUGUAAACAAAAAUCUGCUGGGUAGAUUUAUGAUUCUCAAUGUAGGAAAUACCUUAAAUUUAUAAGAUGUUCCACGGUUCCAUAUAGAAUGCCGUUAUCAGGACAGGGAUAGUGUUUACGUAAAAUAUCCAUACAUAGAUUCUGUGUGCCAUAUUAGACAUAUUAGGUAUGAGCAACUUGAUUCAAUACAAGGCAGGUGAUUGCUAAAAACUUGGAGAUCAUAGUAUACGAAAUAUGAAUAUUUAUGAAAUUAGUCUUUCUAUACAAUUGCUCGCAGCUUGUACUCAUACAACUAAAUUGUAAUGUGUUUGUUUGCGCGCGCGCGCACGUGUGUGUGUGUGUGUGUGUGUGUGUGUGUGUGUGUUCUCUUCAUGACGAAAUUUCAUGUGAUAUUACGAUAAAGAUUAAAACUAAUUAUUGGAGCCUGGGCGAGCUUGCCUUUUUCACUUUCAGCGUAAUGCGUAAAAAAUAAAUAGUAACGUUUUAUAGGUAAAAUGCAUGCACGAAUUUACGUGGCUGAUGCCGAAUAACGCAUAUGUAUUUACAUAAUUAUUAUGUAUAUGUAUAUGCAUUAUAAUGUAGUAUGUGAGAUAUAGCGUAUCAAACUUGUUUCAUAGUUUUUUUCGAAGACAGGGGGAAGAAGGAGCACAAUUUUUUAGGCUCUGUUGUUUUGUUUCACAGUUUAAGGCACACUCCACGCUCGUCACUACUGAAUCUUCGUUCUCUGCGACUGUACUAGUAUAAGUAUAAAUAUAAUUUGCUGAUGAAUGGAUGCCUUGAAGUAACUAAAUCUAUAAUUUUCUCUAAAUCUAAUAUUAAUAUUCUAGGUAUAGGUAAUAUCUGUACUGUACAUAAAUUUCUGUCAUUUUCACCAUUUACCGCUCACAAACAUGUACUUUGAGAAAUGUUUCGUUUUCAUGAUAAGGACGACAGUAAUAAUAAUAAUAAUAAUAAUAAUAAUAAUAACAAUAAUGAUAAUAGUAUUCUAGUAAUUGUAAUAGUCGUAGUAGUAUGAAUGAUAAUGAUAAUAAUAACAACGCCAAUCAAAGGUAAUAACAAAAUAGUGCUUAGAGGAAGAUGCAGAUGACAUAAGGUCAAAUAACUGUUUUCCUGCGGUAUUUUCAUUGUACGACAACAUUUUAACACAACGCUGAAACUGUUUUUGAACAAGCGUUUUUCUACUUUAGUAUUAGACUUCGUAGACAUAGGAGAGAGCAGAUUUGGAAUUUGUUUAACGAUAGAUACGUUUGAGAACUGCUUCGUUGCAUACAAGCGAACGCCUUCAUGCAAAUUUGUACAUUUACCAAGUUUAUGUACUGAAUGAAGCAAAUUCAGGGCGUGAGAAUGUAGCGUAACAAUUAAUUUGUUAGUACCAAAACUUGGAACUGCUACCAUUCAAUUAAUGCAUGACAGAAUUACCGAA